CCCCGGACUAUCAGCACCAAACAUUCUUUGCGAUGCGCCAACAUACAUAGUCUACGCUCCCACUCUCCAAACGAGACCAAAAUUGCAACCUACCCUAAACUAUUCUUCUCAUUCAUACUACAAUCAUGGCAGACGCACCGGUCAUAAAGUUCAAGAAGCGAGGGGCAAAGGCUGCUCCUCGUAAGAUCGCACCGCCACCACCACGCUCAGACUCGGACGAUUUCUCGUCAGGCUCGGAAGCAGAGGGCGAAGACGGGCGCGUUGUCAAGCGUCGCAAAACCAACAGCAGUGCUCUGAAAGCAUCGACUGCUGAUCAUAAGCCCAACACAGCAGCCCUUGAGGGUACGACACAAUACGAGGCCAACCGCUCCGCAACGAUAGAAGCUAGCAACGAUGCAACGAAACAAUCAAACUGGUUUGAAGGCGAAGACGAAUUGAGCUCAAAGAAUCUCCUCGGUAGCACACGCACAAAGCCCAAUACGUUCAUCGAGAAGAACCCCGACGCGCCCACUCGACAAGUUGGCCCCCAGAAAUCUUCAUCGAACGUGCGAACCAUCACAGUAACCGACUACACACCUGAUGUCUGCAAGGACUAUAAGCAAACAGGGUUCUGCGGAUUUGGCGACAACUGCAAGUUCCUGCACGCUCGAGAGGACUACGCUGCAGGCUGGAAACUAGAUCGCGAGUGGGAAAUGUCGACAAAGGGCAAGAAACCGGGUGGCACAAUCAUCGCAUCGGCAAACCGUGAUGCGCAGGCGAAAGAAGAAGACGGAGUAGAUCUGGCGCUGCUGGAGAAGAUUCCAUUCGCAUGCAUCAUAUGCAAGAAGCCUUACACAACCCCUAUUAUCACGAAGUGCGGGCAUUACUUCUGCGAGGCAUGCGCGCUCAAGCGGUAUAGGAAAGACCCGACAUGUGCAGCAUGUAGCGCGAAGACAUAUGGCGUAUUCAAUGGCGCCAAGAACCUGCAAAGAUUGCUGGAGAAGAAGCAAAAAUGGGAGGACAAGAAGAAGGCCGAGGCUGAGGCGGAGGAGAAAGAAAACGAAGAUUCAUAGAAAGAUUCUCUGUCUUUGUUAGACUUCAGAGCUGUCUUAGACCGAAUUAUGUGAUACCCAUUUGUCAACGUUGUUACUGUGUUUCAGAAGUCGUCGUACAAUAACGCGUCCAAGCACAAGGAGGCUAAGGGACGAAUGGGAGCUUCCCGUCAUCACGAGAACACGCGUUGAAGGUUGACGCUAAGGGUUCCUAGCGCGCGGGGUUUCCA